AUUAGCGGGGUUUUCACGGAUGGUUCUGAAGGUACUUAAUACGUUCACGCGCUUCUACAAAUAUGUGAUUCCCACAGUUGGAUAUAGAAAUCAGUUUACCGGGCAAAAUGUAGUAUUUGAUAAAUCUGUUAAAGAAAAACAACGCGCACGAUCAGCACUUACUGAUGAUCCUCACAUGUAUGACUACAUACGUGAAGAAGUUGCCGACCGACUAGCUGAUCGCCUAAAUGAUAUAUCAAGAAAAUUCGAUGUCGCUUUGGAUAUUGGUUGUGGUCGAGGGCAUUUAUCUCAGUUUGUCACAUCAGAUAAUAUCGGGGUUCUCUACCAACUAGACAGUUCAUCUGAGGUUCUAAAACAGAUUAAGCCAUCUGCAGAAGUUUGUACGUAUAACAUAAAUUGCCAUGAAUACUGUCUACCCUUUCGACCAAAUACUCUAGAUUUAGUUUUAAGCUCCAUGAGCCUACACUGGAUAAACGAUCUGCCUGGUUUAUUAAAACAAAUAUUAACAUGUUUACGUAAUGAUGGGUGCUUAUUAGGUGUGAUGCCAGCAAUGGAUACAUUGUAUGAAUUGCGUGUAUCAUUGCAAUUAGCUGAAUUAGAAAGAUUAGGCGGAAUCUCAUCGCAUAUCAGUCCAUUCGUGGAUAGUGUAGAUAUGGCUAAUUUGUUACAAUGUGCUGGAUUCAAUUUAAUCACAUUGGAUGUUGAUGAAAUUGUAAUUCACUAUCCAGAUAUAUUUGCGUUAAUGAAUGAUCUACGAUUUAUGGGUGAAUCUAAUGCUACUGUUCAUAGACCAUUACGUUUGAAUCGUGAUGUUCUAUUUGCAGCCUCUGCAAUUUACAAUGAGAAAUUCAGUGUUCCUCGUGAAGAUGAAGAGAAUGAACGCUGUAUUCCGGCAACCUAUCGGCUGUUAUAUUUUAUUGGAUGGAAACCUGAUCCUUCUCAAAGUAAACCUCUUCCUCGUGGUAGUGCACAGUAUUCCUUGAAGGAUCUCCACAGAAUUGAUGAGUUAAUUAAACUACAUUUUGAAAAAUAAACCGAAGUCCUACCUUAUUUUUUCAGUAUAUAUAUGUAUAUAAUAAACCUGUGUUACAUUAAUCUCUUACAUUUAUGCCGUUGCUCGUUACUUUAUGUCACUUGUAAUUAUUGUCUUCCCCCAACUUUAACUAUAUUACCUACUGUUAACUCAUCAUUUUUUUGUUUCAAAUAUUCAUAACCCCUUCCUAUCUAUGUUGAUUUUCUACAAUUAUGUCAUAAUUAAAAGACUUGGCAGUUCUACGUAAUGCUCUUUCGUGUGAUAUUGUACUUUGCUUGAUCUAUUUAUAAUAAGAUGUAAGUAGUACACUGAAUGUGAUGUAGGUUAGCUGUUGUAAUACUCUUCUUCAAACUCAAAUUUUUUUCAUAUUGUAUUCAAUGAAGGCUUGGGCAGAGGAAAUCAGUUAUAUUAUGAAAAAUUACGCAGUGUCUGUUUAAAAUAUGAAAACAACACAUUAAAUACACUAUAUGCACAUCUUUCUUGAAUUGUCUCUUACAAAGUACAUUGUUCUUCCAUUCAUGUUGUUCUUUAUUUUGCCUUCUGUGGUGUACAAUUUAUUUUUUUAGUAUUGAAAUCGAUUGUAUAUGGGAAGUUGUCUCAAUCUGCUUCAUUUUCGAUCACAUCAACAAUUCGUCUCAUAGUAUCAUGACUCCUAAAUAUAUGGACUACGUUUCCUGUUUGUUUAAUAAUCUGUCAAUCCUUA